UCACCCGGGUGAAGGCGGGAAUCGAUCCCAAAUCUCCGCUACAACCAGCCUGACUGAGCCAGUUCGCACCUUCGGACGGUUGGAUUUGGACCAACCGACCAACUAUUCGACUAUUCGAGAAUCGAGAAUGACUACCCCCUUCUUCCUCCCGCUUAUUUUUAUUUUCAAAAAAUGAAAAAGGAUGUUCUCUGGUCCCAUUUUAGGGUUUGAAUUUAUUCUAGUUCUCAGAUCAACUCUAGCUCUACGGAGGAGCUGAUCUCUCUCUCUCUCUCUCUCUCUCAAAUUUCAUGCUACAAUCUCAAAUUCACUGAAGAGCAUGAGUUCUCCUAUGGAGGUCACUCUGCAAGAUGCCAAUGAAACGGGGACCUGUAAAUCGGAUGUCGUUUCUGAGUCAGUUACUUCUUCACUGUUGGUCGACGACAAGGUCCUCGUUUCUGUUGAAGUCUGUUUGAAGCCCUCAAGCACGGCUAGGAUUGAAGAUGUCCAGGCAGCAGUUGAGAGAAUGCUUGAAAAAAGGAGUUUAAGCUAUACAGAUGGUCCUGUUCCUGUGCCCGAUGGCGAUCCAUUUAUCCAAGAAAAUGUGCAGAGGAUCUGUAUUUGUGACACAGAUGAAUCGGUGCAGAACCAUGGCAUUUUAUUGUUCUGGCAAGUGAAACCUGUCGUGCAUGUUUUUCAGCUCAGCGAGGAGGGGCCAGGUGAGGAAAUAAGUGGUGAUGGUCAACUUUCUAGCUUUAAUGAAUGGAUCCUUCCUGCAAAGGAAUUUGAUGGAAUGUGGGAAAGCUUAAUUUAUGAAGCUGGUCUCAAGCAGAGGUUGCUGCGAUAUGCUGCAAGUGCUUUGCUUUUCACUGAGAAAGGUGUUGAUCCUUUUCUAGUCUCAUGGAACCGUAUCAUCCUUCUCCAUGGUCCCCCAGGGACUGGGAAGACAUCUUUAUGUAAAGCAUUGGCUCAAAAGCUUUCCAUAUGUUUUAGUUCCAGAUAUCCACAAUGCCAGCUGGUUGAAGUUAAUGCACAUUCUUUGUUCAGUAAAUGGUUUUCUGAAAGUGGCAAACUGGUUGCAAAACUUUUUCAGAAAAUUCAAGAAAUGGUAGAAGAAGAAAACAACCUGGUAUUUGUUUUGAUUGAUGAAGUUGAAAGCCUUGCUGCUGCUAGGAAGGCUGCUUUAUCAGGAUCUGAACCUUCAGACUCUAUUAGGGUAGUCAAUGCGCUACUUACUCAGAUGGACAAGUUAAAAUCCUCACCAAAUGUGAUCAUCCUAACAACAUCAAAUAUAACAGCUGCAAUUGACAUUGCUUUUGUUGAUCGAGCAGAUAUCAAGGCAUAUGUGGGCCCUCCUACUCUUCAAGCACGUUAUGAAAUAUUAAGGUCAUGCCUGCAAGAAUUAAUGCGUACUGGUAUCUUAUCAUGUUCUAAGGAACAUCUCAUUCUCCCUAACUAUGUAAGCUUAAGGGAUAAGCUGAACAUGCCUGAGCAACUGGAACCUUUGGUCCCUCUUGAUCUGGCUAAACAAUUGCUUGCAGUGGCCGAAUUAUGCGAGGGAUUGAGUGGAAGAGCUUUGAGAAAGCUCCCUUUCUUAGCUCAUGCAGCUCUCGCAAACCCAUAUCAUUGUGACCCUAGCAAGUAUUUGUGCACAUUGACAGAGACUGCCAAGAGAGAGCUGUCGGAGAUACCUAGUUGAGCUUUACUGAUGCUAAAAUGUAACACAGCUGCUCGUUUGUUGUACUUCUGAGAAAAGGUAAAAUAUAUUGGAAUUUUAGUGGAAAGAGUGUAAACCAGCAUAACCUGUACAGGAAACCUCUUCCAACUCCAACCAUUGCAAGAGAUGGUUCCAAUUGUGACUAAUUGGAAAAGUUUUAAUUUCGUGAGAAUUUUAAAUUGGAAGCAUUGGUUUGGGUUUA